GAAAGAGUGCAGAGUGAGCACAGCAGAAGUGAAGACCAGAUAGUCACUGGAAAAUCCUUAUAAAUUUCUUGAGGUUAAAAUUCCUUAGCCACUUCUGGUAACGUCUUCCUCACAGGGUGGGAGACUAUAAGAGAACCACAGAAAAUACCUGCUUCCAAGGUACCUGGAAAAGGAGUGAAAUCUCUUAACAGGUCACUGCUGGUAAAGUGAAGAAGCCUGAACGGGUGGCAGUAGAUCUAAGUGAUGGUAUACUGGGCAGUCUUGGAGCUGAAUCCCAGUUGACAAGUGUUUUUCUGAUAAUAAGCCCUAAACUCUGAUACCCAUGGAUGCUGCAGAAUUCCGCAAGAGAGGGAAGGAGAUGGUGGACUAUGUUGCAGAUUACCUGGAGAAGAUAGAUAAAAGACAGGUCUUCCCAGAUGUGGAACCAGGAUACCUAAGGCCCCUCAUCGCAGACUGUGCACCCCAGGAGCCUGAGAGCUUUGAGGAUAUCUUUAAAGACAUUGAGAAGAUCAUUAUGCCAGGGGUGACUCAUUGGCACAGUCCGUACUUUUUUGCCUACUUCCCUGCAGCCUCUUCCUUCCCAGCUCUUCUUGCAGAUAUGUUGUGUGGUGGAAUAGGAUGUGUGGGCUUCUCUUGGGCUGCAAGUCCAGCUUGCACAGAGCUGGAGACUGUCAUGCUGGAUUGGCUAGGGAAGAUGAUUAAUUUGCCUCAAGAAUUUUUAGCUGGGAAGGAUGGCCAAGGUGGAGGAGUGAUUCAGGGAAGUGCAAGUGAGGCCACCCUGAUUUCACUGCUUGCUGCUAGAACAAAAACUAUCAGACGUGUGCAGUCAGAAAAACCUGAGCUAACAGAAGCAGAGAUCAUGGGCAGGCUGGUGGCUUAUGCUUCUGAUCAGGCUCAUUCAUCUGUGGAAAGGGCUGCAUUAAUCGGUGCUGUGAAGAUUAAAAACGUUCCUUCAGAUGAUACAUUCAGUGUUUGUGGUUCAGCCCUGAAGAAGGUUCUGGAUGAAGACAAAGCUGCUGGUCUUAUACCGUUCUUUUUCUGUGCAACUCUUGGAACCACACCUUGCUGCUCCUUUGACAAACUGUUAGAACUGGGUCCUAUUUGUAAUAAGGAAAAUAUCUGGAUGCAUAUUGAUGCAGCCUACGCUGGGAGUGCAUUCAUCUGCCCUGAAUUCAGGCAUCUUUUAAAUGGAGUGGAGUUUGCAGAUUCUUUUAACUUUAAUCCUCACAAAUGGCUCCUAGUGAAUUUUGACUGCUCUGCUAUGUGGGUGAAAAAAAGAUCAGAUUUAAUAGGUGCCUUUAAAUUAGAACCUCUUUACCUGCAGCAUCACCAUCAGGAGUCUGGUCUUGUAACAGAUUAUCGGCACUGGCAAAUCCCCCUGGGCAGGAGGUUCCGCUCCCUGAAGCUUUGGUUCGUGCUGAGGAUGUACGGGGUCAAGGGGCUGCAGGAGCACAUCCGCAAGCACGUCAGGUUGUCACAUCAAUUUGAACACUUAGUCCUUCAGGAUGGAAGAUUUGAGAUCUGUGCUGAGGUUGUCUUGGGACUAGUCUGUUUUCGGCUGAAGGGCUCAAAUAAACUAAACGAGGCACUUCUUAAAAGCAUUAAUGAGGCCAAGAAGAUUCAUCUGGUCCCAUGCCAUCUGCGAGAGAAGUUUGUGCUACGUUUUGCUAUUUGUUCCCGCACAGUGGAAUCCACCCACAUCAAGUUUGCCUGGCAGCACAUCUCACAGCUGGCAACUGAUCUUCUGAAAACAUGGGAGCAAAACCACCAACAGGAGUAACAGCAGUGAAGUACAAGUGGAGAUGAGGUAAUUAACUGGCUUUCUCUGUGUUGCCAAGUUUUAUUUUAGGGGCAGGUGGGAAAGUAAAAUUAAGAAGGAAAAAGAUACAAAAACUGUUGUUACAUAGCCCAGCUGCAGUAGCAAAAUCCUUGCCAGCAAGUUGCGUUGUAAUCUUUAUUUACUGUAGUUUCAUCUUGCCUGUUUCCAGGAUGCCCAUAGCCAAGGAGACUCGAGCUGUCAUUUCUUACCAGUUUGUAAUCAAGAGCAUUUAUUCAACCAGGCAAUGGAAACAGAAGGGUUAGUGCUCCCUCUGUUGUCCCCACACUCCUCUAGCACACCCACUCCUUCCUUCACAGAUGAAACUGAGAGGUCUUAUAACCAAUGAAUUUAACGUUACUAUGGCUUCAGAAGAAAUCCGGGUUGGGGAAGUUCAGUAACCUGUUUGGGUCCUAUCUAAAUAGGCACGCACAGAUGUCAUUGUUAGAAUUUGGGGCACUGUCAUGUCAUGACACAUUGCAGUAAUUUUGUAAAUGAACAAAGGACAAAGGACUUCAAGACUUCCUUCAUUGCAUAGCCACAUUGAGGAGAGUGACCACUAAGUGAACACUAACCAUCCUUCUGGCAGGUUCUCUACUUUCCCCUAAAGGGUUUGGUUUUAAAACAGCCAUUUUGUCAAAUAUCAGCAAAGAGGUUAUGCCCGCUUUUGGUCUCCACUUUGAUCAUUCAUAAUGAGGCCUCUUAAAAACUCCCGAUGAAGAAUUUUGUCAAAAGCCGUAUGCUACCUGGCAUUCUGUAUUUUUAACCAGGUUACUAUAAGCAGUGAUUACUUGAAAAUAAUCUGUAAGAUAUGUUCUGUGAAAUUAAGUUAUGACUACUUUUUAUGGCUACUGUUCUGCUUAGUUCAUUAUGUAAUAAAUCUUUGAGAAAAUGUGCUAAGAAAUGUGAUGGCAAAAAAUGUUACUUUUCAUUUCUCAAAUUAGCUAACAAACGAGUAAAAAAAUGACAAUAAAAAUAGAAAUUAAGAGAACUAACACUCAAAAUAUGCAGUGGUUCCCCCUUCAGUGGUUUUCAUCCAUUAAAUUGAUGUGUGGAAUAUGAAAAUACUGGAAAACAACUUUCAGAAAGUCAAAUCACGUGUACUUGACACAAACCAUUGAUAUGUCAUCCUGUUGAAGGCAGGUACAGUAAGGACGUAAAAUGAAAGUCAGAGGUAAAAUGGAAGUCAGAACAAUAUUUGACUUUAAGAAGUACUUUUGCUGUUUUUAAAACAUGGAUUCCAAACAGUUAUUUCUAUGCAAAUAAAAACAACCUACUUAGCUAC